AUUAAGAAGAAAAAAAAAAUACAUCAAAGAAAAGAUAUUAUCUAGCAAAUUUUUAUUAUUAUUAUUAUUUUAAUUACUCAUUCAUCGCUAUCCGGUUUUUAUAAAUACAAUAAAACUGCUAUUGCUAAUCGUUUCGUUGCAACAGACAACAGUUGUGGUGGUCGCGUUGAAGUUCUUAUGGAUUAUUUUAUCACGGGAAUUUACGAAAGAAGAGCAAUGCAGCAUUGAUGAACCGUUUGUGAUUUUUAUAUAUUAUUUUUAAACCAACCUAUAUGGUACAAUGGACGCUGCGGGUGGGCACAGUAGUCAAGUGGACAGCGACACGUCCAAAUACAACGAAGAAGACGGCCUGGAUCCUAGAAUUCAAUUGGAAUUGGAAAAAUUAAAUAACGCCACGGACAACAUCAACAAGCUCGAAAUCGAAUUGGACGAAGCAAACACGACGUUCAGAAUGUUGAUGGCGGAAGCGUCUAGACGUCUGAAAAUCAGAGCUCGUAAACUGGGUUCUUGCAUCGACAAAGCGCGGCCGUUUUACGAUGCCCUCAACGUGUCCAAGCACGCGCAACAACAAUGCCAAAUUGCUGCCGUCAAGUAUCAACGAGCUAACGAAAUUCAUCAAGCAGCCAAAGAAACGGUGGCGUUAGCCGAGGCUCGAUUUCUAAGUAAACAACACGAGUGGAAGUUCGAUAGUGCGUGGCAAGAGAUGUUGAACAACGCCAUUCUCAAGGUGACUGAAGCAGAAAAUCAAAAGACUGAAAGCGGCCGCGAGCAUCAAAGGAAAGCUGCGCUUUACCAAGCCGCCGAACAAAAGGUUCAAAUGCUCGAACAAAAGUUCAAGCGCAGCAUCAUCAAGUCUCGGCCUUAUUUCGAAGAAAAAUAUCUCUGCGAGGGUCAAUUGGCUGCCCAAAAGGAUACGAUUGUUCAAAUUCGAUACGCCGUGCAACGCGCCAAACAAGAGUACUCCGCUUGUUUGCACAGGCUGGAACAAAUUUCCGAAGAAAUUCACGUGCAACGACAAAACAAUAAACUAAUGGGUCCGAGAGAACCCGGCGUUGGUGCCGAAGUGUCGUCGAUGGCCAGUAGUUGGCAAGAAUUGAAUAGCAAAAAAGAUGGCAACGGCAUGGAAGAAAUCAAUUUGGAAUGGAAUUUGGACAAAUGCGAUUCCCGAAGUCUUGGCAGUCUUUCGAUGGACACUUGCUCGAUACUGAGCGACGCCGACGAUUUGGACUUUGAAGACGACAGCCGAGUAACGAUGGUAGGCACCGUGGAAUUGGAACAGCUGCGUCAAAAAGUCAGAGAUCUCGCCACCAAACCGUUGAUGAUGGAAAGCAAGAGAACCGAAGAGGUCGAAGGCGUCGAAGACCGCGAAGGCUGGGAGACCGAACUGAACGCGACCGUCGAUAAGCUGGACAGGAUGAUGUUGAAACAGGAAUGUGAAAAAUCCCAACAACAAUCGCCCGUUUGAACUCUGCCGGUGGUUUUUUUAUAUUUUUUUUUUAAAUCAAAAGGUUUUUAUGUCUUUAUCAUAUGUGUUCAGUCCGGCUGUCCAGAUUGUACUGAACGACACUAAGGUGAGACAAACGUGUAGAUAGAUAACCGUACACCUUAUUGUCGACGAUCGUUAUGUUCUUCUACACCUUAUAUAAGUAAUAAUAUUUAGAAUAUUAAAAUAUCAACACCUAAUAAUGA